GAUUGUUCGCAAUCUAGUUCGCUGGAGUCAGAGUGUCAGGAACCGAGUUUGAAGGUGGACGUAUUUUGUUUGGCUUUUCCCAGGGUUUCCAUUGGUGGUUCAGUGCUUUCAAGUGAGUUGUAAAGUGAUACCUACAUAUUGAGAGUAAUAGAUUUUGUGGAAGAAGCAUUGUGUGACAGAUACGGCGUCGUAAAAGCAAAAUUAGUGAAGCGACUAGGGCAGAAAAUUAUAUUUCUAGUUGAAAAAUUGAGGUGUCUAUUCCAGUUGCCAAGGUUGCUGCCGGAGCUGGCAGUCUAGUGCGUGACUCAAGCGGCCUAAAUUGGGGCAAGUUGUGCAGUUAUCGAAAAUCCAAUUUGGGCAAGCUCCGAAGUUGUCUGAAAAAGAAAACGUGACGGGUGUCAAAAAGUUGGAAUAAAGAAUUUGAUGCAGCAACAGUGGUAAAUUAUUGAUUCAUACGGCUGUGCUAAAGUCUACUGUGUUUGCGCCCCUUCUGUGGAAGUGAGACGAUUAGUUCUCGGCCUUUUUUCCGCUGAACAGCGAGCAAGUGUUUAUCUAUCCAUAGCGUACGCUAUUUAGAGCGAAGCUGUUGUGUAACACUUGAUAAUAGUACACGACUGGUGCCAACGAAAGUGUAGCGUCCGACAGCGUUUGCCUCUUUAGAGCUAGAACACACGGCGCACUUGAGCAUCUAAAAGCGAUAAACAAGUCAAGAUGCCCCAAUCGGACGGGGGCUACGUCUCGCUCGGCAACGGUGGCGCCGGUCUGCCGGCCUCGGUGUACAAUAGCACCACGGAACCGCACGGGGGUUCCCAUUCGGUUAUGGAAGCGGUGAAACGUGUUAUCGGGUCGGCCAUCGGUGCCCAGGAUAAGCACUCGCUCCUGGAAGGCGACUCGGGACCACAGCCGUACAUUAUCAGCAGCAGGGACCGUGACAAGACCGGCGGCAAAGCGGCCAACAUCAGAAUGCCAUCCGCUCCAGCCCACACUGCCGAGGAAGCCCGCCUGUUGGGAGCCAUGCCAGUGGAUCCCAUGGACGAUAUUGAGCUUCGCUCCGUUCAGUUGCAGUACCCGAAUCAGCGCGGUUCCAUCGUUGGCCAGUGCGACCUGGCAAGGGUCCCGACCGACAAGGGUGACAUUUUGGUUGCGGUGCAGGGCGAUACAACGAAACCGGCAAUCCUAACGUACCACGAUCUGGGAUUGAAUUAUGCAUCAAGCUUUGCUGGAUUCUUCAAUUUCCCAACGAUGCGAGCUUUGUUGGACAACUUUUGCGUGUAUCACGUGAACGCUCCAGGCCAGGAGGAAGGUGCACCAACCUUUCCGGAAGACUACGUGUACCCAACAUUCGAUGAACUUGCAGCGCAGCUGCUAUUUGUUAUGUCACACUUCAACCUGAAAUCCAUCAUCGGUUUUGGGGUCGGUGCAGGAGCCAACAUUCUGGCCAGGUUUGCGCUGUCAAAUCCGGAUAAGGUCGGUGCACUAUGCCUUAUCAACUGCAGUUCCACAGCGGCCGGAUGGAUUGAAUGGGGCUACCAACUGCUGAAUUCGCGUAAUCUUCGCACCAAAGGCAUGACUCAGGGCGUACUGGACUAUCUGAUGUGGCACCACUUCGGGCGGAAUCCAGAGGAGCGGAAUCUAGAUCUGGUACAGUUAUACAAAUCCAACUUCGAGCGGUCGAUAAACCCUGUCAAUCUAGCCAUGCUCAUCGAUUCAUACAUCAAGCGAACCGAUCUGAACAUCGCCCGAACACCGUCGGGCUCACCUCAAACAGCUGCAUCGCUGAAAAUGCCAGUUCUUAACAUUACUGGCGCAUUAUCGCCCCACAUUGACGAUACGGUGACAUUCAAUGGCAGGCUAGUUCCGGAGAAGACUAAUUGGAUGAAGAUUUCCGACUGCGGUCUGGUACUGGAAGAGCAACCUGGUAAACUGGCUGAAGCAUUCCGACUGUUCCUGCAGGGUGAAGGCUACGCUGUUGGCGCUUUACAAAAGCUAGGAAAACUCUCCCGAGCGAGCACAGUAGAAAGCUUGAAUUACUAAUAUCCAUAAAAGAGCAAAUCAACAAGAUUGUACGUGUGUGUGUAUGAGAGAGAAAGGACGAGUGCAUAAAGUCUACAAUCUUUCCUACGCAUUAUUAUUUAUCCCACCACACACUUUGCUAGUGACCCUGGCUCGAUGAUCGGCAAAAAUAGUCAUUUUUGCGAAAAACUGCUUAGGAAAAACGCUUUUCGAAAGGAAAUCCGCUGAAAAACCAGUUACCAUACCAUGCACACUUUGUCACAAGCACAAAUGCAUUCAGAAAUAAGUCUAUCAAGGAACGAAGCGUUUGUAAAAAAAACUUUACUAGCACCUGCACUCGCACAGUAAUCGAAAUUCAAGCUAACCAGACUACAUAAUCUGAAAGAAAAAAAUGCUUUAAUUUUAUUUUAUUUUAAAUGGUAUUUAACAAAAGAUACCAGCAUUUUUUCCGUUUAGAAUUAGUGAAAUUGAUUGAUGUGAAUGAGAGUUUGAGUCUUUGUCUUCAUAAAAAUAUUUCCAAAACCCCAACUUUUUAACAAAAAUUUACGCGUAGUUGCCAUCACUUCUAACCGGAUUUUCCAAUGCACACUGCACCCGUUGAAAAACCCGUGUAGAUACAAUACAUAAUGCUACCGUGUAUACACAACAGCCCGACCAUGUAGGCGUUUGGAACUUGCGUAGGUACUCGUUUUAUGUGUCUCGGAAUUAGGGACAAAUCGAAAACUCUUUUCGUACCGAAAAAAAAAGAAUCAGAGUGCCUUUGUUUUCCUCAAAUAACUUUUUCCCAUCUUUCGACAAACGGGCGGGCGACCGGACGGUGGCUGUACACGAAAUCGCACACGACGCACACAAACACGCGCACUCUAAACAUACUAAAGUUUCGAAAGUGGCUUCCACUUCGGUUGAAGGAAAUGGCCGGCUGGAUUGAUCGUGUCAUCGUAGCUGGUUUUUUUCUCGUCUGGAAGAAAUUAAGUACCAUCAUAAUUCAAUCAGUUGUAAUAUUAUUUACUUUAGUUUUAUUUAUAAAGGAAUUUUAUUACUGUGUAAAAUACCAAAAACAGAAUCAAAUCGUCCUGUGUCUGUGUAAAUUAAUUUUUCAAUAUUUUAUGAUUCAGAUCAACGAUUGUCGUCGAAUCAAAUGAUAAUAACGAGUUAAAUCAACAUGUUGUUUUGCACACUUAUUAUUUAGUUUAGUUUAGUUUAAUUCAGUGAAAUUAGUAGAUCGUUAAGGAUAUGUGAGUCCGUUUAUUUAAUGCAUAUCUAGCUUCAGUUUGUGUAUUAUUAUGUUUACUGUAUAUUGUCUACCGAAGAAAC